CGCUCUGAGAGUCGCCCAAGUCGUGACAAGCCAUAUAUUCUAAUCAGUGGUUUAAAUAACAGGGGUACGAACUGAUUGCUUACUUACAUAUAUAUACACCAAUAACUGUUGAAAUGCUGUAUGGCUGAAGUAAUUGAUACUACUGUUACUAAAAUGCAUCUUUGCAAAACUCCCGUAUCCCACUUAAUGAGGACAUGAUUUUAAACUGAAUAGAAUCUAGUCCUAAAUUUACCGAAAUGGCAUCAGACGACCGUUUUUCGAUGACAACUGAAAAGUAUUUAGCAAAGCAUCAUGUUCUUGUGUAUAUGGAGGAUGCUGUUGCUCAGCUGUUGGAACACAGAGAAGAAAACUCCAAAAUUAACCCUAUCAAGUUCUUAUGUGAAUAUUUCAAUAGUGUUCGAGAUGGGAAUCAUACCAUGUUCCGAGAGUACAGCUAUAUCCACGCUACACAGCACAAUAGGGCAUCUUUUGUCCGACUGUUCUGGAAGUGUUAUAGGCAAAUAGGAAAGAAAGGAGAUUUGUUGAGCAUCCAGGAAUAUCACUCCCUCUUAUCUCUCCUGUGCUCUGACUUUCCAUUUGAACCAGUUCAGAAAACUGCAAAAAUAAUUCUUCUGGAUGAUGCACUGGACUGCUUGAUUUCUUUUUCUGACUUUAUUUAUGCAUUCCAAGUGCAGUUUUAUUUUGAAGAGUUCAUAGAAAAGAGCCAUGAGAUGUACCUAUCCCUACUACAGACCCAGCGGAGCCCAAGAGACCCCGUGGUGGUCCCCUCAGGUAGUGAUGAUGCAAAAGUUCAUCAGAACAGUCACCACCCAGCAGACGGCGUGGACGCCAACCAGUAUUUCCGUGCAAUAUACCCCCUCUGUGAUAGAUCCAGUUUUAGUACUCCGCCUGUAAAUGCAUUGAAGGAAAUCUUGUUUAAUGUUCCAAGGGUGUCAUUCUACGGCUUUCUGAUGUCCAUAGCCAAAAGUGAAACUAUUAAUGAAUACAUUGGCCGACUACCAUCAAAGGCGGAGCUGCUGGAGGGGGCGGACGCUGACUUGACAGUACAAGAGGCUGCCAUUCAAAAUCAUGCCAGCCCAACAGUAAGAUUAAGCAACAACAGCACUGCUGCCACAACCAAGUCCAAAGGUCGUCCCAUUUCUGCCACAACUCCGACAGAUGCCACUCAAAAUGUUUACUCCACCCAGAGACCUCCGUCAGCCAGUCAAAGAAAAACUCCGCCCACUCGAGCAGGGGCCGUCAACAACAGCAUGAAAGUCAAACGGGGCACCAUAAAAAAAGACAGCACCGAUGAAAGUAGUUCUGACGAUACUGAUGACACAACAGACACAAACUAACAAAAACCAACUGGAGUCUCAGAAAACCAUGACAUUUAAUGUUUUUCUUUUUUUUUUUGGUCUGGUAGUUUUAUUUGAAAUAUUUACAUGUUUGUGCUAAAAUUGUUAAUUAUGCAAUAUUCUUGACUUUUUUUCCCUAAUGGUCAUUUGUCUAUGUCUAAGAAAACCCCUUGCAUUCUUUCGAUACAUUUACAUGUACAGUUGCUAAUUUUGAUUUCGUUUGUGUUAGUACAUUGUAUAUGCAGGAAAAAUUUAAUGAACGGCUUCUAAUCAUUCUAAUGUACCUUUCAGUACAAGUAAUGCUUUUACAUUUGUUUACUUGUUCAUUGUACAGUGAAUACAUGUUAAACUUACAUGUAUUAAUGAUUUUGUGUAGAUGUGUGUGCUUAAGACAACAAUAAAGUAUAGUAAUAGGGUUA